CAUACACCUACCUACCCCUCUUUUCUUCAAUAAAAAAUAUGGCUGAGGCCUUUGUAUCAUUUGCAGUUCAAAAAUUGGGUGAUCUACUCAUACAACAAGUUUCCCUGCGUAAAAAUCUAAGAGAAGAAGUUACAUGGCUGCGAAACGAGCUUCUCUUAAUGCAGUCUUUCCUCAAAGAUGCAGAACAAAAGCGAAGUGGAGAUGAAAGAGUUGAACAAUGGGUGCUUGAGAUCAACUCUAUUGCUUAUGACGUUGUUGCUAUACUCAAGACUUAUAGCAUCGAGGAUGGUAAAUGUGCUAGUUGUCUCAAGGUUUGCGCUUGCAUCUGUAGGAAGAAAUCCUACAAUGUCGCCAAAGAGAUCCAAUCACUCAAGCAACGAGUCAUGGAUAUCUCUGUCAAGCGAGAGACUUAUGAUAUUACAAAUACUAUCAAUUAUAAUGCAGGAAAAGGGACAAGUAAUAAGGUUAGAACAUUGAGGAGAACUACCUCAUAUGUGGAUGACCAGGAUUACAUUUUUGUUGGACUUCAAGAUGUUGUACAAACAUUGGUAUAUGAACUUCUCAAAGCAGAGCCUCGUCGAAGCGUCCUCUCCAUUUAUGGAAUGGGCGGUUUAGGCAAGACCACUCUUGCCAGAAAACUUUACAUCAAUCCUAAUAUAGCCUCUAGCUUCCCAACAUGCGCUUGGAUAUGUGUUUCUCAAGAGUACAACACAAUGGAUCUUCUUUCGACUAUCAUAAAAUCCAUCCAAGGUCGCACCAAGGUAACUCUAGAUUUGUUGGAAAGCAUGCCAGAAGGAGAUCUAGAAAUUUAUCUUCGUGAUCUAUUAACAGAACGCAAAUACCUUGUGGUGGUUGAUGAUGUACGGCAGAAAGAAGUAUGGGAGAGAUUGAAAAGAGCAUUCCCGGAUAGCAAGAAUGGCAGCAGAGUCAUUAUUACCACGCCCAAAAAGGAUGUCGCUGAAAGAGCGGAUAACAGAGGUUUUGUCCAUGAACUUCGUUUCCUAACCCAAGAAGAAAGUUGGGAUCUCUUUCGUAGGAAACUACUUGAUGUUCAAGCAAUGACCUUCACUAUGGAGAGGGUAGCUAAGAAUAUGGUGGGAAAGUGUAGAGGCUUACCUCUUGCAAUUGUUGUAUUGAGCGGACUACUUUCACAUAAAAAGAGGCUAGAUGAAUGGCAAAAGGUGAAAGAUCACCUUUGGAAGAACAAUGUUGAAGAUGAAUAUAUUGAAAUCUCCAACAUACUAUCAUUAAGCUACAAUGAUUUGUCAACUGCGCUCAAGCAGUGUUUUCUCUACUUUGGUAUUUUUCCAGAAGAUCAAGUGGUCAAGGCUGAAAACAUAAUACGGUUGUGGAUGGCGGAGGGUUUCAUACCAAGAGGAGAAGAAAGAAUGGAGGAUGUCGCUGAAGGCUACUUGAAUGAGCUGAUAAGACGAAGCUUGAUACUAGUUGUACAUACAUUUUGGGAAAGAGUUACUGCAUGUAGGGUUCAUGAUUUACUCCAUGAUCUUGCGAUACAAGAGGCAUUGAAAGUAAACUUCUUUGGCAUUUAUGAUCCAAAAAGACACUCCAUAUCCUCUUUAUGUAUCAGACAUGUCAUUCAUAGUCAAGGAGAAAGGUACCCCUCACUUGAUCUUUCUAACUUAAAGUUGAGGUCAAUUAUGUUCUUCGAUCGUAAGAUUAGUCUUAUAAAUUUCAGUAGUGUGUUCCAACAUCUCUAUGUGUUAUACUUGGAGAUGUGUGUUGACAAGAAUCCACAUCCACAUUUAGUUCCUGAUGCCAUAGGAAGUUUGUACCACCUCAAGUUCUUAAGAUUGAGAGGUCGUAUCCAUGAUCUUCCCACUUCCAUUGGCAACCUCAAGAAUCUACAGACACUUGUUGUCAAUGGAUACUCUUGCAAACUACCCCAAGAGACAGCUGACCUAAUAAAUCUAAGACAUUUAGAUGCUCGGUAUUCAGAAUCUCUGAAACAUCUAAGCAAACUCACUAGCCUUCAAGUUCUUAAAGGCGUUUAUUGUGAUCAGUGGAAAGAUGUUGACCCUGUUGAUUUAGUCAACCUUCGAGAAUUAACCAUGUGUAGUAUUUGGAACUCUUACUCCCUAAAGAACAUUAGCAGCUUGAAAAACCUUAGCACUCUCAGAUUGUUUUGUGAACGUGAUGAAUUAUACACAUCUCCAUUCCCAUCCCUUGAAUUUCUUUAUUCUUGUGAAAAGCUGCAGAAAUUGUGGUUAAAAGGGAGAGUAGAGAAACUGCCUCUGUUUCCAAAUUCCAUCACAAUGAUGGUUCUUUGGCAGUCAAGACUCAUGGAGGAUCCGAUGCCUAUUUUGGGAAAGUUGCCAAACCUAAAAGAUCUCAUAUUACAAGAAGCUUAUAAAGGAAAAGAAAUAAUGUGCAGCGAUAACACCUUCAGUCAACUAGAGUCCCUUCGUCUUUAUGAUCUUUCAAACCUAGAACGAUGGCAUUUAGACACAAGUGCCAUGUCUCUCAUUAAAGGUCUUCAUAUCCAUGCUUGUCCAGAGCUGAAGGAGAUUCCAAAGAGAAUGAAAGAUGUUGAAGAGAAAUUAAAUAUGGUGGAGCUUUACAAGCAUAUGUGAAGUCUUAUUUGAUAAUAGUAAAGCCUCCCAUUUCUAAAUUGGGACAAUGGCAAAAGAGGGAAGUAAAAGCACGUGGAACGAGCUGGGAUGUCAAGAGCGGUGACUUAAAAUGGGCAGGUUGGAUCAAAUAUGAGCGGGUUAGAAAAAAGGGAAAAGAAUCCCAUAUGAAGGAGACCAAGUAAAAACAAGAGGGGGAAAACACAUGAGCCAUUUUAGUGGAAACUAGGAACCUGU